CCAAUAGUGAACGAAAUAAAAAAGAACAGACUACGUUGGGCAGGUCACCUUGAAAGAAUGUCAGACAACAGAGGGGCGAAAAUCGUAUACAGGCAAAAACCAAAAGGCAGGCGACCCAAAGGCAGACCCCGAAUACGAUGGAUAGAUGAUGUGGAAGCAGAUCUGAAGCAGCUUGGGUUUAGGGCUUGGAGACGAAAGGCCCAGGAGAGAUCUGAAUGGAAGGAUGUGUUAAAGCAGGCCAGAGCCCUCCAUGGGCUGUAGCGCCACUGGGAUGGAUGGAUGGAUGAUGUAUCAAUACUAACUCUAGCCAUCGACAAAUAUGGCAGAUGAGGAAACAAGCAGAACAGAUUCUCAUCAGAGCAGUUCCCCUGCUACUCCCAGUAUUAGCAAUCCUGGAACACCACGUUCAGAGGUAUCCCAGGACAUUAGGGCCACGCCACCACUUGCUAGAGCAACUCCACCCCUAGCUAGGGCCACACCUCCACUUGCAAGAGCCACACCUCCACUUACACCAGGCCAGCCUCAACUUGCUCAUGGCCAACCGGUGUUGCCAGUUAGAACAGCUACACAGGCUCCUCCAGCACCGUCACCACUGGCUCACCUCCAUCACCACCAGAGUAAAUAUGCUUCACUUUUAGCUGUCAUAGAAGACAUGGGUAGAGACAUACGGCCAACUUAUGCUGGCAACAGAAGCUCAACAGAAAGGCUAAAAAGAAGUAUAGUGCAUGCUAGAAUACUUGUACGAGAAUGUUUAAUGGAGUGUGAAAGAAGUGCUCGGACCUGAUUGUUUACUCAAUAAAUAUAUUCUAUUUUCAUUUCAUUAUAGAAAGUAUGUUCCAUGUGAAUUGUAAGUUGUGUUGUUAAAAAAAAUUUUGUACUACCAACCACACUAAUGUUUGCUUUGUUUAAGAUAGAAUUUUAAAUUUAUUUUCAUACUUCCCUGUUGGUCCUUAAACAUUUCUAGUGAACUAAUUUUGCUUUUAUUCAGCUCUCAUUCUCUAAAAGUCAACACUGUAACUUACAAUUUUCAAUCCAUAGCUAAAUAAAAUAUAUACACAACUCUCAAUCAAUUACUGAAUUAAGUUAACAUUAACCCACAAAGAAUGAUGCAUUUAAAAAAAAAAAAAUGAAAUAUUUCAUUUGUUAUGUAAACUUUAACUGGAAAAUAAAAGAAGCCAAACAGUGCAAUAUUUUUUGUUCAGUCUAAUGGCAGUGCAGCAAUUAGUGCUAGAUUGGCAUUCAUAACAGAAUAAAAUAUUAAGAUAUUAAGGAUAUUUUAAGUCUAAGAACACAUGAUCUGUUUUCAUGUAAUGUAAAGCAUGUUAAAAUUAUUUUUGACUACACUAUACAACUUAAUCAUUUGUACAAUGAUAUUCUUAAUACAAUAAAAUGUCUAAACAAUUUUGGCACCAGAAAACAGUUCCAUCUUGUAUUUUAAAAAAUAUGUACUUUUUUGUUUGUUUACACAGUAAAGCCUCUGCUUAUAAUUUUUAAAAUCAUUCUGCCAUUGGCAGCUGAUUCAGGUACAACGAAAGACACUGCAGUUAAUUUUACCCUUAUUGGAUAGUCGUUACAAGCAAAAUUACUUCUCUAUCAGCUUGUUGAAAGCAAUUGCCACUUGGUUGAGCAUAAUGCUAAAUGCUACAAAGAAUAUAGUUUGAAUCCUACAAAGUGAACUAAAUUUUUGUAAUGAUAAGUUGAUCAUCAUCUCUGUUCAUUAAAAUAAGUACAACUGACCAUCUGUGUUUAUUGUGGACAUGUUUGGUAAAGUGUCUGCAAUCUGUAUGUCCAUUCCUAGUACAUGGUUAUCAUUUUUCUAGAUGGUAGAAAUAUAUAUAUAUAUAUAUCAUCUGGGUGCAUCCAUUGUCUUCCGAGACAGAAGGAGCCAUAUAUAUGUAUAUACAUAUAUAUAUAUAUAUGCUUUGCAAGCUGCUGGAAAUGUAUUUUAGUAUUUUAAUGGUAUUCAUAUUUAAUGAGGUAUUUUAUCUGAUUGCCCCAAGCUGAACACUAUGUAGGUUUAUUAGUUUAAUGUAGGAUAAUGAAAUAGGGGUUAGCAUAAUCAUAAGUGAUGUUGUUUUUUUUAAUUUCAAAGCUUAUUCUCAUUGUAUAUGGAUUUCUGAGAGAAAAAAAUGAAAUUCUUAUGGUGAUCUCAAGAUUUUCACUGUAGUAAUUUUUUUCUAAAAGAUUUUAAUGUUGGUAACUCUUAAAAGUGAGAAAAUAACUAAUGAAAAAUAAACAAUUUUCACCACAGUAAUGUCCUUUUAAUGUAACAUGCUAAGGUUGUUCUUACUUUAAAAUGUUUUUAAUUAAAUAUAUUUAACUGGGGUUAAUAAUGUAAAAAAAAAUUCAGUACUUCAGCCUUUAUGACAGUAAUGGUGCUAAAUAGAAUUAACUCUUUCUCUCCUCAUUGUUGAAACCAUCAUUGAUUUUACCCCAUUCUCAAAGCCUAAUAAACUAUAUUAUCGCUGAUGCUUAAAAUGUCAGUUGUUUUAUUUCCUCCCAAAAUGAUUGUAGUUGUUUAUAAUUUAAUCUCGAAUGCUUUCCCUUUGGAAAAAAAUAGGGAUUUUUUAAAUUUUCAAUGUGUUUUUACCAAGACGUUUUUUUAAAGAGUGGGUUUAAAAAAAAAAAAAGGCUCUAUUUUUUUAUUAUUAAUUUCUUUAUACGAUGGUGACAUGGGAUAGUGACCUCAAAACAAUUUAUUUAAAUAUACAUGUUAUAUAUUAGGUUUUGUGAAAAUAUGAAAACUAUUUUUAAAAAAACAACUUUUUAGUUCAAUUUGGAUCAUAAAAUAUUGCCUAGAUCUAGUCUAGGUCUUGUUCUAAAGAGACUUGUCACAGUCAAUAAGUUUUUAUUUAUUUUUAAAUUCCAUUGUCCUAAAUAAAUUAUUUUUUGUUUUUAUAAACAUCAAUUUGUUUUUUCUAAAAAGGGCAUGUAUUCCUCUUUAAUUCUAUACCAAAUAUAACAUUUUCUGAUUACAAACAAAAUAGUAAUUAAAGUUUAAUCAUAACUGGGUAGUGAAAUACAUAUGAGCAAAAUGAAUAAUUCCAUCAGAACGUGGGAAAUAAUUACAUAUAGAAAGAGUUGAAACACAACAACUUUAUGUAUAAUUGCUUGGUGAAAAGCAGAAACAUGUCUAACACACAAAAAACAUUUUAUUACAUUGAAACAUUUAUUCAAAAUUCCAUUUCCAUAAAUGCAAAGAAUGAUCAUAAAAAGAGCAUGUUGAUACUAUUGCAGUUUUUCCCUCUGUUUUUAACCUGCACCAAUCAGCACCAUAAGCUAGAUUGUGAUCUUGAUACUCAACAGAUAUACUCAAUGUGUUUUUGCCUGUUGAAAUAAUAUUUACAGCCAAAGCAUCAGACUAAAUUCUAAAGAAGCUGUGAAAGAUUGUCAAGCUAUUAUUAGUGUAAAGCUUUGUUGUUUUUAUUGUAUUUAUAUUAUUACAAGGUAACAGAAUCUAUGGAAAAAUAAAUGUUGUUGAACACAUUU